AUGGCGUUUGAGAGGAGGGGUAAUACCAACGUCUCCAUCGGUAGGCUAUUUGUACCUGGUGUGGUGGAUUUUUCUGCAACUUCAUCUGAGGCCGGAGAUCCUGAGGGCACCUCCGAAGUAGAGACAUCAGAUGGGGAGGCAUCGGACCAGAAGGAGACAUCAGAUGGGGACUUACCUGUGAAUGUUUCAUCUGGAAGUUCUACUCCAUUGCUUUUGGACACAUCACAAUCAACAAUUGUUCCAGACUCAACAACUGAUGUGUCAAUCGAAAAGCCUGUGGUUAUUGACAUGCCAUCUGACAAUAUUAAUUCUGUCGAGGAGAAAGUUGACAAUAUUCCCGACUCACCAGAGCCAGCAGAGGAGGAUGUUAUCAACAUUCCCGACUCACCGGAGAGUCCCAAGCCAGCAGAGGAGGAUAUUAUCAGCAUUCCCGACUCACCAGAGAGUCCCGAGCCAGCAGAGAAGAGUAUUUUGAAUGUUCUCGAUUCACCAGAGAGCCCCGCACCAACAGAGAAGGGUAUUUUGAAUAUUCCCGACUCACUGGGGAGUCCCGAACCAGCAGAGAAGGGGAUUUUGAAUAUUCCCGACUCACCGGAGAGUCCCGAACCAGCAGAGAAGGGUAUUUUAAAUAUUCCCGACUCACCGAAGAGUCCGGAGGAGGAUAUUCUGAUCAUUGAUGAGUCAUCAGAGAGUCCAAAGCCAGCUGAAGACUAUUUUACGGUGCCCGAGACAUCGGUGAUCAUCUCAGAAAAACAUCAACCUAUGGACGUAGAUUCAUCGGAGGUGUUGGUAUCAGAUACCAGAAGUGAUGAGUCAGCAUCAUACAGUCCAGCACGAUCAUCAGAUGACUAG